AUGAAUUACUUUGGUACAAGGAUAGUGUUACAGAAUAGGUGUGCAUCAGCACGACCAAAAGUCCUUCGGUCGUUUUCAAGUUGUCAGGCUUUUCUUGCAAACCAAAAUGUAUCCAGAAAUCGUUUGGGACGUCCUGGAAAUCAUUUAAAAAUAGGUAUUGUUGGGAUGCCCAAUAUAGGAAAGUCAACACUUUUCCAAAUGCUAACCAAGACGAACCUUGGCAAACCGGCGAAUUACCCUUUCGCAACUAUUGACCCCGUUUCUGCAAAAGUGCCGGUUCCUGAUCCUAGGUACGAGUUGCUAUGCGAAAGAAUGAAACCAGAAAAACGGAUUCCAGCUCAGUUGACAGUUUAUGACACUGCAGGGCUUGUACGGAAUGCGAGCAAAGGACAAGGAUUGGGAAACGCAUUUCUGUCCAACAUUCGAACCGUGGAUGCCAUAUUUCAACUUGUCAGAGCCUUUCCUGAACCCGAUGUCACUCAUGUUGAAGAAACGGUGGAUCCUCUUCGAGAUUUACAAAUUAUUCAAGAGGAACUUCUUUUGAAGGAUGCAGAAUUCGUAGAGUCAUUUCUAAAGAAAGAAAGCCGAUCCUCUAAAGUACCAGCUAAAGCGAAGGAAGUCGCAAAAAAGGUUUUACAAUGUGUGUUAGAUAACGGCUGUCCUGUUUCCAAAUGCUCUUGGUUGGACGAGGAAGUACCUUUUCUGAAUUCUUUUAACUUGCUUACUGCCAAACCCGUUGUAUAUCUAGUUAAUAUGGAUGAAGACGAUUUCUUACAAAAAAAUAAGGAGCCUCUCCAAAGAAUUGAAGCCUGGGUUAAGAAACAUAGUACUGGAGACACCAUUCUUCCUCUAUCUGUCAUUUUCGAAGAACAGCUUUUUCUGCUUUCGCCUGAGGAAUUGGAAGAGGAAUGCUCCAACUUGCACGUUUCUAGUCAGUUGCCCAAAAUCAUCCAAUCUGGAUAUUCUGCUCUUUCCCUAAUGCAUUACUUUACGGCGGGAAACAGCAUCGUUCAAGCCUGGACGAUUCCAGUGGAGACAAAGGCUCCCGACGCUGCUGGAGCCAUCCACACAGAUUUCAAGAAGAAGUUUGUCGCUGGCGAAAUCACCGACUUUGAGGAUUUUCAAAAUUAUGGUACAUUAGAAGCCUGUAAAGCAAUCGGAAAGAGUGUUGUUAAAGGAAAAGAUUAUGUUGUUCAACCAGGCGAUAUUAUAUAUUGGAGAAUUGCACGAUAA